UUGGCAUUCACGGAAAUAAAUAUUGUUGACAAUAGUUCUGUAUUUUUAGCGCAUUCACCGUUGGAAUCAUUAUGACUCUGAUGAAUCGAGUAUUUGGCUUUUGUGUAUGUGUGACGUGCUUUGUCUGUCACUUGAUGUUAAUUCUUGGAGUGUCAUACUGUCCCACAAUGCACCAGUGGGAAUCUAGAGCUGGUGUCAAAUGCCCGGAUCCUUCCACCUAUCACUGCCUGUUGAACGAAGAGGACCAGCAUACCGAGGUGUGUGUGAAGGGAGUUUACGUCUUGAAAGGCAAAUAUCCAACGAUCACCAGAAAUGCCACGAUUAUCACAAGAUCGUGUCCUGCUGAUGAAUAUCAACCAAAUGGAAAACUUUCCACCAGUUAUCGCAAAAUCACGUGUGAUUUCCGGAAAUCUACUUGUGAUGACGCGGGAGAAACAACAUGCAACGACGGAUCGACCAUAUCCGACAGACUCUGCGAGUGUGAUUACAGGGGAGGUUACAGAAACUUCCAGACAAAACGCUGUUAUAAGAAGAGUACAUCCUCCCCCUGUGUGUAUUUCCCAUGUGGACCCGGAAAAGUGUUAAAUUCGGAUUAUCGAUGCGUGGAUGAAUGCCUCUUUCGUCUGUUUAGAAAUAACAACUGCAUUGCGGACCAAACAGGAACAACACCUUAUAGGUUGAAAGAAAGGUCCCGCGGAACUCUUCGUAUUGGACAAUUGAUGGAUGAAAAUUACACAAAUCAUCCAAGGUUUCCGGCAAACACAACACCGAGUUCUGAGUAUGUAACGUCAGUCCCUGAGAGGAUCAUAUUAACAAUUAAAGGCAAAAGGAAGAGUUUGGUGUCAACCACUUCGUAUUCGAUAUCAAGUUCCUUGUCCGAGUCCGAAACUGAUUCCACUACCACAGAACACGUCCAGAUGACCCUGAUCGACUCAAACGAAGGAACUGCAAGGGUCAAAGAUGCUGUCAUUGUAGUGUUGCUUGUGUCGUUAAUGGUAGUCUCAUUGGUAGCUUGUAAUCAAAGAAAGAAGAGGUUAAAUUUGAUUAACCAAAUGACCGAAAAGGGACCUGAUGUGUGUUUAUAUCCGAACGCUUACCAAACAGUCCUUCCGAAAGGUGAAGAUGUCGCAUACCAAACCGUGAAAUUAAACGAAAUCAGUCACGAGGUACUAAGCGAUGUAGAUUUCACAGAGAGGCACCAUGAUCUAGGAAACUUACGCCCGAGUACUGUGAAAUUAGAUGUCAUGGAUACUGAGUACGUAGAAAUGCGAAACAUCUCACCUAUCACAGACUCGUCAGGCCGAGCUUCAGGGACACCCAGUCAAACUUAAGCUGGGUUUUACACACAUUAGAUACGCAGAACUCAGAAAUGAGAAACAUCUUAUUUCAGACUUUCAGGAAUACCCAGUCAAACUCUCUUCUAAACACACGGAUUGUUCAAUUUGCGGUUGGGAUUUUCCCUAUUGUUUAGUUGAAUUGUAGCAAGAUAUUUACAUUCAAAUGAAAUAUAACGCCACAACAGCAUUAUAUACCAAUCAACAAUACAACUACUCAACAAAGGCCAAUCGCUGAAACUAGUGCAGUACAUUAACUCAACUUCCAAAAACCAUAUCCAAGUUCCACGUUAUGUGAAGUAAAAGCAUCCGUGGUUCCAGAGCCUACAGAAUUUAAGCAUGCUGAAAUAUAACUAUAUGUAGAAGAUCCAUGUGCUCCAUCAUCGAUAGCCACGGUUACUGAGUCCGGUAGUAUUUACCUUACCUCAAACCGUGGCUGCAUGAUCUGCGAAACCAUCGAUUUCCAUAAAUAUUUAUGAAAUGACACAAAUUUUGUUUUGACCAAUUAGUCACAGAUUUCCAAUAUUUUAAUUAAUGGCUGCGCCCACAACUAAAACGUGCAGUAUUUAAGCAUGCUGAAAUAUAACUAUAUUCUAUAAUGAAAUAUAAAUGAUAUAUAACUACAUGUAUAUACCAUAAUUCUUCAAAACCAUGCUUCAGUUUUAGACACAUUCAAUAUCCCAGUCAAUGGCUCGGAUGCAUAUGAGUUACCGUACCUAUACUGGAUUCCCAAACUACAUAAAAACCCUUACAAACAAAGAUACAUUGCUGGAUCCAGUAAAUGUUAACAGUUGUGAAGGAGAAACUUCAAACGUACUGUGCGACUACAUAUGCCAGAAGUGGUGUAAAUCAAAUGUGGAUUCUAAAAAAUUCUAAAGAACUAAUAGUAAACUUGAAAUCACAAAACUUGUCUCAAAAAUCAACAACAUCAAAACGUAUGACUUUUGAACUCUUUACACGACCAUUCCUCACGAUAAAUUAAAGACUAGGCUUUUUGACAUCAUAGACAGUUGCUUCUUCAACAAAAUUGGAGAACGCAAAUAUUCCUAUAUAGUGAUCAGUCAAUCAAAAGAUUACUUUGUUAAACGCCACUCUGAUUCCACGCACAAGUAUUCUGAAGUUGAAAUAAAAAAAAUAUGCUGGAUUUCCUCAUUGGCAAUAUCUUCGUGGUAUUUCGUAAUCAGGUCUUCCAACAGUCUGUUGGAAUCCCCAUGGGCACGAAUUGUGCUCCUUGGUUAGCUGACCUGUUUUUAUAUUCCUAUGAAGCAGAAUUUAUUCAAAACCUUCUACGUGAGAAGAAAACAAAUCUCUUGUUGUGUACCUCAAUUCGACAUUUAGAUAUAUCGAAGAUGUAUUAUCUAUUAACAAUAAUAAUUUUCAUUCAUAUGUCGAAUCAAUAUAUACCAGUGAACUCGAAAUAAAAGACACCACAGAG